AUGUUGUUUUUGCUAUUCUUAUUAGCUGCCCCCAUCUACGCCGGUCUCAUCUUUCCAACCAAACCAUCAAAAGAUCCCUUUUACAAUGCCCCAGAAGGUUUUGAAAAAGCUGCUGUUGGUGAUAUUUUACAAUCCAGAGUGACCCCCAAAUCCAUCACUGGUGGGUUUAUUCCCCUCAAGAUUCAAAAUUCAUGGCAACUUUUAGUUAGAUCUGAAGAUUCAUUCGGUAACCCAAAUGUCAUCGUCACCACUGUUAUGGAACCAUUCAAUGCUGACCCUUCCAAGGUUGCUUCUUAUCAAGUUUUUGAAGACGCUGCUAAAGCUGACUGUGCCCCCUCUUAUGCUCUUCAAUUUGGUUCCGACUGGAGUACUUUGGCUACACAAGCAGAGAUGUAUUUGAUGGCACCAUUGUUAGACCAAGGAUAUUAUGUUGUGUCUCCAGAUUAUGAAGGUCCCAAGCUGACAUUCACUAUUGGUAAACAAUCUGGUCAAGCUGUUUUAAACUCUAUUCGUGCAACUUUAAAAUCUGGUAAAAUCACCAAUGUUAAAGAAGAUGCUAAAGUUGUUAUGUGGGGAUACUCUGGUGGAUCAUUAGCCUCUGGUUGGGCAGCUGCUUUACAACCAGACUAUGCACCCGAAUUGAGCGGGAACUUGUUGGGUGCUGCAUUAGGUGGAUUUGUUACCAACAUCACCGCUACAGCAGAAGCAACCGAUGACGGUAUUUUUGCAGGAAUUGUGGCUAAUGCUUUAGGUGGUGUUGCAAAUGAAUAUUCUGAAUUCAAAGAAAUCUUGCAAAACGACACCGACAAACAGUCCGUGUUCGAUCAAUUUGACAGUCAUUGUUUGGCCGAUGGUGUGAUCAACUAUAUUGGUACUUCGUUUUUAUCUGGUGAUCACAAGAUCUUCAAAUCAGGUUGGGAUAUUUUAAAAAACCCAACAAUUUCCAAAGUCGUCGAAGAUAAUGGGUUGGUAUAUCAAAAACAAUUAGUUCCAAAAAUCCCCAUCUUGAUUUAUCACGGUUCAAUUGAUCAAAUUGUCCCUAUUGUCAAUACUAAGAAAACUUAUCAAAAUUGGUGUGAUGCUGGUAUUGCUUCAUUGGAAUUUUCAGAAGAUGCUACCAAUGGACAUCUUACUGAAGCUAUCAUUGGUGCUCCUGCUGCUUUGACUUGGAUUAUUGAUAGAUUUGCUGGUAAGCAAACUGUUUCUGGUUGUCAACAUGUUCAAAGAUUAAGCAACCUUGAGUACCCAAAUAUCCCUUCUUCAAUGGUUGACUAUUUCAAAGCAGCAUUGGAUGUCGUUCUCCAUCUUGGUCUUGGCCCAGAUAUCCAAAAGGAUCAAGUCAGCGCUGAAGGAAUUAAAAAACUUGGAACAAUUGCUAUUUAA